AUGAAUAUUCUACAAAGAACAAGAGCAAGUUCGGUUGCAACAUCGGGUGCAGCAGAUCCAAAGAAUCUAAAGGAUUUAGAGCACUACUAUAAGGCAUUGAAGAAGAAUGUAUUGGAUUUCCAAUUCGAAUUCAUCGUAGCCUUGAAGAAGAACAACAAAGUACGAACAUUGUUAGUAAAUCUAAAAGAGAAAUCAAUACAAAUUAUAAAAAUGUCAAAGAAACAAAAACAUAAGAAAUCAAAGAUAAAGAAAUAUGGAAUAGAUGAGUUCGAUAGAAUCACCAAGGUUAAGAACGAGAAUAAGUUGAUUUCAUUCAGUAGAAAGAACGGAAAGAAGGAAUUCGGUGUCAGUUUUAUUAAUACAGAGAGACGUGAGUGUUUCUAUGAGUUGCUGUGGUUGGCCAGAAGCGGUGCAACUGCGCUGCCCGAUCGUGAAGAACAGACACUCUUUGAUACAAUCAAUAUAUUUGUUAGCACCUGGAAUGUCGGUGAUGCACAGCCACGUGCAGAUCAACUUCAUACUUGGAUUCCCGCUGGCAACAGUACGACUGGCGAUAGAAAACAGCAAAUCGAUCUCUAUGCUAUUGGUGUUCAAGAGUGUCACUAUGAUCCACUACCGAAACGUGAGCAUUCCGACGACGAUCGUUGUGAGGAGCAUUGGUUUUCAAUGUUGGCGACACACAUCGGUAGUGACUAUGUGCGAUUGGAAUCGAUUAGUCUGGUCAAGAUGAGGCUGAUUCUCUUUGUGAGAAAAGAACAUUACUAUAAGAUCAAUCAUAUCGAAAAGGAUUCAGAGGCAACAGGAAUCGGUGGAAUCUAUGGAAACAAAGGGGCAACUGCCAUCUCUUUCCAAUUCCUCGAGACUAGUUUCUGCUUUAUCAGCUCGCAUUUCGCUGCGCAUCAAGAAAAGUCGGAGCAACGCAACCGCAACUACCGUGACAUUGUCAAGGGACUGAAUCUUGGAAACAAGUCGAGCGAUGUGUUGAAUCAAUUCCACCAUGUUAUAUGGAUGGGUGAUUUCAACUAUCGUGUUGAUCUGUUCCGUGAGGAGGUGUUGAAUCUCGUCAAGAAGAACAAUAUUGCCAAGAUUCUGACUAAAGAUCAAUUGGCCGUACAGAAAAAGAUGGAGCGUGUAUUCCUCGGAUUCAAAGAGGCAUCGAUUCAGUUUAUGCCAACGUACAAAUUGGAGCGUGGACAAAAGGGUGUUUACACCGAGGAGAAACAACGUGUUCCAAGCUGGUGUGAUAGAAUCCUCUGGAAAUCACUGCCCUAUACACAGCCAAUUUCACCGGUCUCCUAUAGCAGUGCACCCGAUAUCUCGACAUCCGAUCACAUUCCCGUUUAUUCAUUAUUGAGCGCCUACAUUCAACGACCAUGCUUACCAGUUCCACAAUCUUUAAUCCGCCAACUUCGCAUCUACUUUUACGACUUGAAAGCAGAGAAUCUAGUUGGAAAGAAAUCAAAGAUCGACGAAAAAGAUAAAGAAAAGGAUAAAGAUAAAGAUAAAGACAACAAAGAUCAUCCACCAUCUCCGUACUUGGUGUUCAAUGCUUGCUCCUACGUGGAGGAACCAGUGUCGACAUCGGUCGUCUACCACAACUCCAAUCCGCUGUGGGGCAACAUAGCACCGAUAGUUCCAAUCAUUCAGAAAAAGACAUUCCUCGAACAUCAGCAUCUGUUCAUCACCAUCUUUGACGAGAACGAGUCAAAGUCGAAAAAAGAAAGAAAACUAAAGAAAAGAUUGAUCGGUCAUGCGACAGUACCACUUGCACUCGGGUUCAACAGUGAACCCUAUAGUUUCAAAACGAGAAUCACCAAGUAUGGAUUGAACUCUGGUAUACUCUAUGGUAAAAUUCAUAUUCUCUACGACAAUGCUGCACAUACACCACCUCUCAUUCCAAUGCACUCCAAUAGCUACAUGGCUAAAGAGUCGGUUGCUAACGAGGUUGCCUAUGGUCCGAUAGUACCACCACCACCCCCAAUAGUUACAUUACCACCACCUCCACCAACAAUAAUCACAACAACUACAACUACAAUUAAUUACUAUUCUAAUAAUAAUAAUAGUGAUAAUAGUAGUAGUACCGAUAAUAGUUAUACAACAACACCACCAUCAAACGAAUACGAAUAUAAUUAUGAAAAUAAUUAUAAUAGCUACCAAGACGAUGAUAACUAUAGUAACGAUAAUAAUAAUAAUAUUAACUCCAUUACAGUACAAAUGGAAUCGACUACAAUAGAUGAUACGAUUACUCUAUCACCUGGCUCUAAUCGACCAAUGUUGAGAAGAUCGAAAUCAUUCCGAAAGAGUAUAUAA